GCAGGGCCGUGGCUUGUUCGCUGGUGGCGGCGGCGGCGGCGGCGCAGGCUCCCGGGGCCCGGUUGGAGAGCGGCACUGCACCAUGGAGAUGAAGAAGCAGCUGACACUGGAGCUGCACAACAAGAAGCCCAGCGAGGUGAAGAAGCUGGUGCUGGACAACUGCCAUUUGGAUGAUGGCAAGAUCAGCAGGCUCUUUGAAAACCUGGAAUUCCUCAGCAUGAUCAAUGUCAACCUUCUGCCCGUCUCCAACCUCCCCAAGCUUAACAAACUCCAGAAGCUGGAGCUGAGCGACAAUCAUAUUUCUGGUGGCCCGGAAGUCCUUGCAGAGAAAACGCCUAAUUUGAUGCACUUGAACCUCAGUGGGAAUAAAAUCAAAGAGAUCAACACGUUGGAACCUCUGAAGAAGCUGCCGCACCUGAGGAACCUUGACCUGUUCAACUGUGAGGUGACGAUGCUGAUCAACUACCGGGAGACCAUCUUUGCCCUCCUUCCCCAGCUGAUCUAUCUCGAUGGCUUCAACACCAACGACAAAGAGGCCCCCGAUCUGGAAGCCGACGGGCUGGACGAUGAGUGAGAUGAGAAUGGGGACGAAGAUGAGGAAGAGGAUGAUGAGGAAGGCGAAGAAUUAGAUGACGACGCUGUAGAUGAUGAAGACGAAGAUGACUUGGAUGACGAAGAGGAGGAGAAUGGGAGCGAUGAUGAGGAUGAAGAUGAUGAGGAUGAUGGAGACGAUGAUGAGGAUGACGAAAUAGAAACUGAGGUCCA